GUCAACUGGCAUGCGCACGCCGUCAUUCUAAUAACUGGUUAAUUUUCCGCUUCCCAAUACCUACACAAUCUUACAGAGUGCAAAACCUUUUUAACCGCAUGCCGACGAGCGAAAAAUCAUCACGUACAAAAACAAUAACACAUACUAUUUUGGGCGUGUUGAAAAUUUCUGUGUUUUGUCGAAGGAAAUCGAUGGAUUUUCUGCUCACGCGCAAUUAUUGCAAUAACAAACAUUUUAUAAAUAAUAUUCAGUUUGGAACACAGACAGUCUGGUUUGGAAGUUUAUAUGACUGAGUAACUGCACCGGUUAGUUGUGCUUCAAAAAGUGCUUUUUGAUCUUCCCUAACAUUAAAAGUGUUAAUCAUUAAUAUGGCAGGGCAUUCUUUCCUAGGAACCUGGGAGGUUUCAAACUGCGGUUUCUACGCUAAAGAACGUAGCAUUGACAGGAUUUUAUUCCAAUUUAACCUCGAUGAAAAUGGAGGUGUUACGUGGUAUUAUCCGGACGAACUCAGCAAUGUAACUCUUUUUAAUUGUGACACAUACGAAAUAUACACUACAGCUAAUAUGGAGGUAUAUAUUAGAUUUGCCCUAGUGGCUGGUCAAGUUUUGGAAUUUAGAUCUGAUCAGUUGGAGCCAAAAGAGAAAGUUGUCCUUACUUGUAAGGGCUUAUGCAUCUUAAAAUGUAGGAAGAUUCCAGAGGGUGAAUACAGGCCUACAAAUAAGUUCACUUUCUUAACGGCCCUAGAGGAGGGUUUCUUCUCUGAUUUAAAGAUUGUGGCAAGUAAUAAAAAAGAGUUCCAUGCCCAUUCGACCAUACUCCGCUUGCAUUGUAAGGAUAUUAACUGGCUAUCAGACCCUCCACCUUUCGACAAUCUUCCUGAGGACGUGUUGAGAAUAAUUCUGCAUUUCAUAUACAGCGAAGCGCUACCGGAAAACAUAACAGAAGAUUUGGCAGCCCAAGUAAUCACACAGGUCGCCACUUACGACUCUCUAGCAAGGCUUAACGAAAUGUGUCAGAUUUAUUUGGAUAAUAUGCAGUUUAAAGACAAGAUAUUACAGUUGAUUACUGAUAUGCAUACUUCUUUGAAUCAAAUUAUAGAUUACUUUAAACCUAAAAGUUCAUCAGAAACUAUAGCAAAUAACCCCUCGCAGUUUUGUUAUGCUAUAAAACAAUCAAUCAGGGAUGUAGCUGUUGUUGGUAUAAACCUUCUACUAAUAUGCGAUUUAUUCCAAAAAACUAAAGGAAAGCUACCAAAAAGCGAGCGCGUAGAUAUUAUUAAGUACGCUAAAGCCAGGCUUCCUCAUUUUUUCGUACAGCUAACUAAAUUGGUUGAUGUUUUAAAAACGACAUUUUUAUCAAUGACACCUGCACAACAAGCUGAUAUAGCCAUAUAUUUAGCACCACAAAUAGGUUUAAUUUUGGAUAAGUUAUCCGAACUAAUAAGUCAGCUAGAGUUGGCUUUACAACAAGUUAUUAUAAACCAUAUUAAACUAUCAUUAGUAAGGGGUAGAAGGUGUAGAAAUAUAUUAGAUAUUGAUGAAAUAAGCAAGUUAAGGACAUUUCAAGAACAUGUCUACUGCAGCUCUGUGUUACUAGAUAGAAAAAGAAAUAGUUUCUUUGACAUGUCAGCAGAAGAAAAACUAGGAUCCAUUGGUAGAGAUUUGGAAUUACUUAUAGAUGAACUACCAAUAUGUUUAAUGCGUUUAGAUGAAGAUAAAGCUGCUUUCGACGAGAAAUUAAAUUGGAAAGAAUUUUAUUUUUGUUUCGUUGUUGGAACUAGUAAAAUCACAUCCAUUCUCCAAAAGAUUGUGACUCAAUCUGAUUCAUUCCAAAUGGUUCUACAUCAGUUCUGCGAUGUUGUAAAACGUGAUGCUUUUAACCAGGCCUUAAAAGAUAUGCAGCUGUUUGAUGAUAAUUUUGAUUUGACCAAAAGUAUGCAGUUAUCUUAUAGAGAGUUGCAAAUGUUGCGCGAAGAAUACGAAGAUAUUUCGGAGAUGUUGAAGGGGAUGAGGCUUUUGGAUGGGAGAUAUUUAUGCUCUCAGAAGUUUGCUGAUUAUGACUUUACGGAUCCUAUAAGAAACCAAAAACUAUAUGGCCAUGAAGUGCUAGAGUUUGAUUACAAACAAAAUCUGUACACAGCACCUCCAUCCAAGGAUGGAAAUCUAACAAAACUAACAGAAAAAAGUCUUGAUGGAGCAAAUUCAGAUAUGGAAUUCGUUUUAACUUAUAAUGACGAUGAAAUUAUUUUUAAAGCCCAUAGAGUAAUUGUUGCAUCCAGAUGUGAUUGGUUUCGGCGUGCUCUAACAUCUGGAAUGAAGGAGGAUAUAGACAAGAGAAUUUUUGUACAUGAUUCAAACCCGACGAUUUUUAAGAUGUUUCUAAAGUAUUUGUAUAUGGAUAAAAUCAAUUUCAGUAGUUUAAAUAGCGAUCAAAGAAUCGACGUCUUGGUACUUGCUGAUAGAUACGAAGUCGAUUCCUUAAAACAAACUACUGAAUAUAUAUUACAAAGCAGUAUUGAAUUGGAUGUUGUUUUGUCGAUGACGCGCCUGGCUGAUCAGUUUAAUGCUAAGAUUUUAAAGAGUGCAUGCUUCUAUAAAAUUCUGCAACAUCCAAGUUUGGUUGAGGUGGAUGAAUUUUUGGAACUUCCAUUGUCGUUGCAAGUGGAAGUAUUUGAUUGUAUUUUAAAUCCAUGUGGCAAACCAAAAUACAUUGAAAUAGCAGAUGAUGAUGAUGCUACCCCAGAGCCGCAUUUGCAUUGCGAGAAAACGAAACUGGAACUAUGUUUAAAACAAAUACGUGACAUUGUAGGGGAUGUUACACCAAGAGAGGGAUUGGUUCGAAUUAUCUUGGCCGCUGAUUACGACCUUUGUCGGGCAGUUAAUUAUUUUUAUGCACGAAAUUAGAUUAACAUAUGUUACUAAAGUCUGUUUUAAUGAGGGUGGUUCAGAGAAAAUUGAGAUACAGUGAUACGAAAAGACUAAAAAGGACUAAAAUUUAAUUAAUUAAUAAAGUUAAUACAAUUCGUUAAUUUAACUCCUAAAUAUUAAUAUAAUAUUUUUACCUAAUAUUUUCUUUUAAAAUAAGGUAUUAUUGAUGUGAUAAUUCAUACGUGUUUAGGAAGAAAGGAUUUUAUUCCUUUUUAUUGUGAUUAUUAUGUAAUUAAUAUUAAUGUUAUAACUUGUAUUUUUU